AUGCAGGAUGUAGAACUAGCUUUGGACAUAAUGUUAAGUCUAAAGGAGAUGUUUGGUAAGCAAGGCCGUUCUGUAAGGCAAGAAACUACGAGGCAAAUUUAUAAUACCAAAAUGGCUGAAGGCAGUUCAGUGAAGGAGCAUUGUCUUACAAUGAUCUCUAAUCUAAAUAAAUUGGAAGUUUUAGGUGCCGAUAUUGAUGGAGAAUCACAAGUGGAUAUGAUACUCCAGACACUAUUGGAAUCAUUCAAGGAAUUCAGACUCAAUUAUAAUAUGAACAAAAAGAUUUAUUCAUUGUCUGAAUUAAUGAAUGAGUUGGUAGCGGCAGAAGGCAUUCUUGGUACAUCUAGUGUUAAUGCUAAUAUGGCCGAAGUUUUUACUUCUCAGCCUAAGUCGAAAGGCAAGGGUAAGAAGAAGAAGAAGAAGAAAAAGGACUUCACCAAGCAAGAUGGUAAACAAAUUGCCUUACGGGUUGUCGACAAAGGAAAGAAGAUCAAAGGAAAGUGUUUCCAUUUUGGUGAGAAAGGACAUUAG